UUUUAUAAAGCACCGCUCACAUUUGGCAGACAGACAAAGCUCACAGAGCAACUUUACCAGUGGACAGAGACUGAGUGAGUGAUAGAAGAGAGAGUAGUGACACCUUUGCUCAGGAUUCUGUCUGGGGAAAGGGAUGAUAAGCUCUCACUUCGGACUGAACUGUUGGAUACCUGUGGCUCGCUUAACGUGAAGUACUACUUUUGGGAAAAGGACAAGUCCUGAAGUUAGACUGAACAGUUGGAUACUCGUGUGAAGGAUUGCUUAGAAUUAAAUAGUACUUUGGGGAAAGAGACAAAACAGUCAGGAUUCCGUGCUGUUUGAGUAGUUUGUUUUAGCGGGUCUUGGAGGUGUUAUUAUUAUUAAAUCAGUGCCAGCGAUGCGGUUUUAAUUGCUUUUUGGUGAGGACGAUGACAAGCCUUUGAGUCAGUUGUACAGAGAGGGAAAGUACUCUUCAGGGAAAAGGAGAACGGGCCAGAGCAGAAUGACCUCCCUCUUCUCUCCAGACACUGUAGUGCUGCUCUGCCUCCUCCUCCACUCCACAGAGGGAACCUGCCCCUCCAUCUGUCUCUGCACCUCAGACACACUGAGCUGUGGCUCCCAGGGCCUCACCAGACUGCCCCUCCUCCUGCCCCCCACCACAGUCACCCUCGACCUCAGCUACAACCGGCUGGGCUGGCUGGGCCCCGGCAGCUUCUCCAGCCUGCCCAAACUGGACACCCUCCGCCUGGCAAACAAUCAGCUCACGACACUGGGCCAUGGGGUCUUCCAGAACACCUCCAGCCUCCGUCACCUGGACCUGUCCUCCAACAGGCUGCGGGUGCUGGAGCAGCACUUCCUGCAGGGUCUGUGGAGGCUGGAGGAGCUGCUGCUCUACAACAACCAUAUCACCCGCGUGGAGGGUGGGACGCUGAGCGGUCUGAGCAGUCUCAGGAAGGCUUACUUCAGCCUCAACCAAGUCACAGAAUUCCCCUUCUUUUCCAUACGGGACCACAGUCAUCCGUUUCUCACCAUGUUGGACCUGUCCUCCAACCGUAUGACCACACUACCCUGGGAGGAUGUGAAGGCACUGCCGGGGUCAGUGCAGAAGGGGCUGUACCUCCAUAACAACUCUCUGGUGUGUGAGUGUUCCAUGUACAGUGUGUUCUGGCACUGGGAGCAGAGGGGCUUCGACUCGGUCAGGGACUUCACAGAUGAGCACACCUGCCUGAUCUACGGCGAGCCGCGCGCCUCGGUCCGAUUCCUUCAACACUCCCUCUACUUCCAAAACUGCACAGUGGGGAAGGUGGUCUCUUUGCCCAUGGCUGUUCUCCUCUCCAACCUCAUGGUGAACGAGGGGGAGAGGGUUCAUCUGGACUGCCAAACCUCCCUCAGAGGUAAAGAGCUGUCAUACACGUGGGUCUCUCCAAAUCAGGAAUACCUGACCCAGACGAGCUUCAACGACACCUUCAUCAACGUGUUCCCUAACGGGACCUUGGAGAUCCCAGCAGCCAAGCUGAAUGACUCGGGACUCUACUUGUGUACAGCCCUGGACUACAAACACAUGCUGAAUGCAACCAGGGAGGUGAAUGUCACCGUGAUCCGCCCCAUGCCUGACACCUUCAACACGGGCUACACCACCUUACUGGGUUGCGUGGUCACCCUGGUAGUCAUCCUAAUGUACCUCUACCUAACGCCCUGCCGCUGUGGGUGCUGUAAGCAGCCCCUGCCUCCGGCCAUCCCGAUCCCUGCCUACGACCCAAACACCCUGGCCUCCAUCUUCUCCCCCACACUGAGCCACAGGGACCCAACCAAGGCCAACAUCAACAAGCGGGUGGUGUUCAUGGAGCCUCUGAUGGAGGAGCAGAACGGGGAUCUGAGGGCCACUCUGGCCAGGGAGCAACCAGGGUUGCAGUGGGAGUGGGGCGCCAGCGGACUCUCCUAGUUAACCUAUCAGAGCCUGUCGCUGACAAAGAGCACUUUAAGAAUUGAGGCCAUGACUUACAAUAGACAUGUAUCAGGUGGUCUGAAUGGAACACAAACAUGACAUCCUCGUUCCUCUUUCACUGCUGGAAGGCUUCAUCUAACCGGACUAUCCUCAAAUGAUCGCUGAGCCCUGGAGAGAGUGUGAAAGAGAGACCCUCACAGGUCUGUAUAAGGGCUCUAACUAAUGUUCCUCCUCUUUCCUCCUCCGUCUCAUUGAAGACCAGGUUGAGUUUUGCAAGACUGUAUAUUUCUGUCCAUGAUAUUGUGGAAGGUUAGAGCAAAGUUAAUUGAACGGCACGAACUUCGGCACUGGAGAAAUUUAUCUUCUCUCCUUAAAAUCAUGAACUCCAAACACAUUGGUCCUCCCUUCUCCCUGAAGUGUAAAAAUAUUGCAUUGGUGUAAGCAUGGGAAGAUUGUAGACAGAUUUCCUAUUAUAUUUAACAUGAGCUAAUUCCUUUUAAAUCCAUAAAUGGACGUGAGUGCAUGAGCAGACACAUUCGGGUGAAAGGUCUGGGACAGAAUUGGGGAACACUGAUGAAGUCCUAUUGGGACAUUUUGGACUUGGCUGACAUCCACAAAAGCUGUUAGAGUAAUAGAGUUUUUGGAAUUGUAUUUUUUUUUUUCCUUCAUGGGAUUAAAGUUAAGCGUGAGUAUAUCAGGUCACCGGCGAACCACACUCCCCCGCAAAUAUACACUACUGUUCAAAAGUUUGGGGCCACUUAGAAAUGUCCUUGUUUUUGUUUUU